CCUGAGUGGAGAGGCCUGCGGAGCAGGGUGGGAACGUAGCGCAGCGCCCGGGGCUCUGCGCCGUGCCGGAGCUGCUGCCCACAGUGCCACUGAAGUCUAUUGCAGAAAGGUGACAAAAUCAGUUUAGAAGCUACAGAGAAGCCCUGAGUGGACUGACUGAAGCCCUGGACAAGGACGAAGUCUCUCAGGAGCAACUAUAAGAAUUUGGAGUUAGCAUAAGAAGACAUUUUUUGUUUUAAUGCAUGUGGACUGUCCAAGGAAAGAGAAAGGUUAAUUACAAGCAACACAGGCUUAUUACCCAUCACUCCUGGAGGCCACAGUGGUCAAGGCCAAGAUACCUACAGACUCGAAGGAUGCUCUCUUCUCACAUGCCAUCUUUUAUGGGCCUCACAAUGGAAAGACAAGCAAUCUCUUCAAAUCCUUUUUAAAAUAUAGUUUAUUCUUUGAGAAUUCCAUGCAUACAUACAAUAUAUUUUGGUCAUAUUUGCCCCCUACACCUUACCUGAACUCCUUUUCCAGAUCUCUACCCCAAGUCACAUUAAAAUUCAGUUUAAAGUUGUAUCACUACAAGACUUUGGCUCCUGAUAGUUCCCAAUGACAACUACUAUUUAGUAAAUACUUAACUAUGUGUCACACUGUCUUCAAGCACUUGGUAAGCACUUGACUUUGGCAGUGCCUGCAAGGCAUAGAUGUUCUUCUCAUUUGCACAGCAGUGCUGGUUUUAAUGCUUUCUGACAUAAGAAAUAUAACAGUUGUAGAAAAGUGAAUUUGUGUCAGAAAAGUUGAGGCUUAUGAACCUUUGAACCCCAUGACCUUCAACCUGUAAUUGGAGCACCUGCUUCACAGGAUGGAUACAGAGCUCAAACAAUGUUUUUAUAAAGGAUGAGAUGCCUUAAAUUGUGAUAAGAUGUAUUAUGAUGGAAUAGUUUUCCUUGCCAGCUUAAAUUGUUCCCAGUUACUACUUAGAACUCAGACUUGUAAGUGUUGUAAAAGCCGGCGCUCCUUUUAAGUCUUCAUCUUCCACACAGGCACAAUGUGGACAUUGUCAGUAUUAGGAUGUGGGAAUUAGCACGAGCUCACAGCAUGGCGUGGAGGUUGCUGACAGGAUACCAACUCUGUAGACUGUGCAGAAAGCUGCAACCAGCUCUGAAAAUCAACCCCUCUUCAGCAUGUGUCACCUAUGGAACCGACAGCCAGUCAAAUAAAGAAAACAAGAGAACGGUGGAAAAGCUCUGUGAAUGUUCAGUUGACGUUAGGAAAAUCCGCAGGCUGAAAGGAUGGGUGCUUCUGGAGGAAGAAACCUACAUUGAAGAGAUUGCAAAUAUUUUGAAAGAACUAGGCGCCAACAAAACUGUGAUAGCCAGCAUUUUAGAACGCUGUCCAGAAGCGAUUGUCUGCAGUCCUGCUGCUGUUAACACCAAAAGGAAACUCUGGCAGAUGGUCUGCAAAAAUGAGGCAGAGUUAGUCCAGUUAAUAGAGCGGUUCCCAGAGUCUUUCUUUACUGUCAAGGACCAGGAAAACCAGAAGCUAAAUGUUCAGUUCUUUCAAGAGCUGGGACUCAAGAAUGUGGUGAUUAGCAGGUUUCUGACAACAGCCUCUAGCAUUUUCCAUAAUCCUGUAGAGAACAAUAAACAAAUGAUAAGGGUUCUCCAGGAGAGCUACCUAAACUUAGGUGGCACUGAGGCCAAUGCUAAAGUAUGGCUACUAAAAUUAUUAAGCCAAAAUCCAUUUAUUGUGUUAAAUUCUCCUACAGCUGUAGAUGAAAUACUGAAAUUUCUUCAAGGACAAGGCUUCACAGAUUCUGAAGUUCUUCAGCUUCUGUCCAAACUUAAAGGGUUUCUUUUUCAACUUCAGCCAGGAAGUAUCCAAAACAGUAUUUCCUUCACUGAAACUACUUUUGAGUGUACAGACCAUGACCUACGACAGUUAGUUGUGAAAUGCCCCGCCCUUCUGUAUUAUCCUGCUUCUGUCCUAGAAGAGAGAAUCCAGGCACUGCUGAAAGAAGGCAUCUCCAUAGCUCAAAUAAGAGAGUCACCAAUGGUUCUUGAAUUGACGCCACAGAUAAUUCAAUAUAGGAUAAGAAAGCUGAAUUCUUUAGGCUACAGAAUAAAGGAUGGACAUCUAGCAAGUCUAAAUGGAACAAAAAAGGAGUUUGAGGCUAACUUUAGCAAAAUGCAAGCCAAACAAGGAAGGCCAUUAUUUAACCCUGUGGCAUCAUUAAAGGUUGAAGAGUGACAGGGCAAAAUGACCAGUUCACAAAGACUUAAGCAAUUCAGUUUGUAAGAACUAAUGAUUCUCAGGACUUACUGAGCUUCUGAGUUGUGUUCAAGUUCCAUCAUAAUUGGUGGACUCAUUUGCUGUAUUUUAAAAUAUAAAUUGUGUUUAAAUAAAACUGGUAACUUUGAACUUGAAACUAUUAUUUCAAAACGUCAUAUAUUAAGCAGCAGGAGUGUGAUAGUUCACAGGAAUCAUUUUAAGAAAUUGACAGUACACACUCUUGACCAGAGUACAGAAACACCUCUGUUCCAUGAGCUGCUACCAAAGUAUAAUUCCUCACCACCAGCCUUGAGUCAUUAACAGGCCAACAACACAUUCCUUUAGAGAGAGCUAACUUCACCUUGUAAUGAGGAGUAUUACUCAUCCAGAAGGAACAAGAGCCUACUUCUAUGGUCAGUUUGAAAUCUCUUAAGAAAAACACACAUUCAUUCUGUUCCUCAUUUUACAAAUGAGGUUCGUGGCAGAGUUCUGAUUUAUUAAAAUCUGAAUUCUGUUCAAUUCCAGGAAAAGAUUUCCACCUUUUCCUGCACAGCAAAAAGAAGGAAUGCAAACAGAUUAUAGGGGAGGGGUUUAGAAACCAAUUUCAAAGUUAAUUCAGGCACUUGAAAUGAAUGUAGCUUCCUAUAAAGCCUGAAAAUAGACUUUAUGUAAUACCACCUUCAGUUGUAGUGUUUCCACUUCCAUAUCUAAGAUAAACAUUACCCAGAUAA